CAGGCUGGGUAGUCGAACCCAGAUAAUGUCGACGUGGUAGCAGAACUGUAAUAAAAUUUGAUGGGAAUUUUCAGUUUUGCGUGAGGAGUUGUUAGCAGCGCAGUCAUGCUAGACUUUGCCAUAUUCGCUGUCACGUUUGUCAUAAUUUUAGUUGGUGCUGUUCUCUAUUUGUACCCGUCAUCCAGAAGGGCCUCUGGCAUCCCGGGUCUCUACCCCACAGAUGAAAAAGAUGGAAACCUGCAGGAUAUCAUCAACAGAGGCAGUCUGCAUGAGUUCCUGGUCAGUUUGCAUCAGGAGUUUGGCUCUGUGGCUUCGUUCUGGUUUGGUGGUCGGCCGGUGGUCAGCCUGGGCUCUGUAAAUCAGUUACGGCAGCACAUUAACCCAAACCACACCACUGACUCUUUUGAGACGAUGCUGAAGUCGCUGCUAGGCUACCAGUCUGGGAUGGGAGGCGGGUCCAACGAGUCUGUGAUAAGGAAGAAGCUGUAUGAGACUGCCAUCAACAACACCCUGAAGAACAACUUCCCUCUCAUACUCAAGGUAGCAGAUGAGCUGGUGGGAAAAUGGAAGUCAUUCCCAGAGGCUCAACAUAUCCCACUAUGUGCCCACCUGCUCGGUCUGGCCCUGAAGACCGUAACCCAGCUGGCUCUGGGUGAGCGCUUCAAAGACGACGCAGAGGUCAUUUCCUUCCGCAAAAACCACGACGCGAUCUGGUCAGAAAUCGGGAAAGGCUACAUGGACGGCUCCCUGGAGAAGAGCUCCAGUAGAAAAGGACAUUAUGAGAAUGCCUUGUCGGAGAUGGAGUCUUUGCUGCGGUCGGUGGCGAAGGAGAGAAAAGCCCAGAGGAAGCAGGGGGUGUUUGUAGACGCUCUUCAUCAGUCCAGCCUCACAGAUCAACAGAUCAUGGAGGACUGCAUGGUUUUCACUUUGGCUGGAUGUGUCAUCACUGCAAACUUGUGUAUUUGGGCACUUCACUUCCUCUCUACCUCAGAGGAAGUCCAGGACAAGUUGUACCAGGAGCUGGAGGAGGUUUUGGGCUCUGAUCCAGUUACCCUGGAUAAGAUUCCUCAGCUCAGAUACUGCCAGCAGGUCCUAAACGAGACGGUGAGGACCGCCAAGCUGACCCCUGUCGCUGCUCGGCUUCAGGAAGUGGAGGGAAAAGUCGAUGAACAUGUCAUUCCCAAAGAGACUUUGGUGAUCUACGCCUUGGGAGUGGUUCUGCAAGACGCUGAGACCUGGAGCGUCCCAUACAGGUUUGAUCCAGAUCGAUUUAAGGAGGAACCUGCCAGGAAGAGCUUCUGCCUGCUCGGCUUCUCAGGGAAUCAGACAUGUCCGGAGCUCAGGUUUGCCUACACUGCAGCUACGGUCCUGCUCAGCACGUUGGUGCGUCGACUGAAGCUUCACCAGCUGACGGGACAAGUGGCGGAGGUCCGAUCUGAACUGGUGUCCACACCAAAAGAGGAAACCUGGAUUACUGUCAGCAGCAGAAGCUGAAACUAUUUUGUAAAACCCUGCAGAUGGAGAGGAGAUAUCAGACGCCCGUAUGCAGAAAAGCAAUUAAUUUAACAUCAGUAUUGAGAACUGGCAGCACAGUAAUAAAACACUGGUCUGUGUGCAGGUCAGAUUUGGACUUGUAGACUCCCAUCUGUGCUGUCAUUUCCAUAACGACUGCUUGAGUCAGUUCCUGCUUGUUGUGGCUUGUUUAAAAGAGCCACACAGCAUCAUGUCAUUUCAUUCAUUUUUUUUAAAAAGACGUCUUGUUUAUUAAAUAGAAAAAACGA